AUGUGGUCACAGCAUCUGCCAGGCGUGUCUGAAGCAAUGGUGGCAGGAGAAUACAAACCAACAGUGUCCAGCUCAGCGGAACCAGAGGACAUCUGCAGUUUGCACAAGGAGGGUAACCUAAAGUUCGUGUGUGAACGAAUGAAGAAGAACGUCUCCUACAGUCCUGUGAUUCUGGACCCAAAUACAGCCAAUAAAGGACUCAGUCUCUCUGAAGAUCUGAGCAGUGUAACGUUCAAAGGUGUGGAACAGCAUCCGAAGAAUCCGGACAGAUUUGAUUCCUCCAAUGCUGUGCUCGGUUCUGCUCUGCACUCAGGAACACACAUUUGGGUUGAUGAGGUAGGAGACAACAAAGACUGGCAACUCGGGCUGGCGUUGGGGGACCCGAUGGUUGACAUCUCUCCUUGGACCAUUGGACUUCGAGAUGGACAAUAUCAACUGUUUACACCACAGUUAAAAAGUUGGAAUCUGCCCGCAAAACUGCAGAGGAUCAAAGUUGAAGUGGACACUUCCACAAAAUCACUUUCAUUCUUCGACUCGCUUACAAAAACUGAAUUAGGCACAAAACAAACAUUUGGGCUACAUUUGCUUGAGGGCAAGAAAAUGUAUCCUUACUUUUACACAAAAGACAAAAAGCCUCUGAAAAUACUACCACUUCCACCACUGGUUAAAAGUCAAAGUAGGCAUGUUGCCAGAGAUACUUUGCACCAAUGUUUGCUUUCAUGAUGCGA